AGACGCCUCAAAGCUACUAAAUUUUGUUAAAAAAAAAGUUUAAUAUCGCCUUUUCAGAAGUUUAAGAAGUUAAAAAAAUUUACGUUGAAAAAGCUUAUAUUUUUAUUAUUACUUAACAAGAAUGCAAGCUCUCAAAGAUGAAAACUCGGUCGAGCGUAUGGCUAAAACUCCCUUAAGGAAGGAAAAUGUUGCUUUUGGUGUACGAAAGUCUACCUUAAAACUAAAGGGUGACUGCAAGACUCCCCUUUUGUUUGCGAGUACAAGGAAAGCUUUGGGAGAUGUCAGCAAUAAAUUAUUAACCAAAAACAGCUCUAAAAAAGAGAAGCGCAUAUUUUUAACUCCAAGCGAAGGAAAAAAGUCUUUGGAUUAUCAAAAACCGGAAAAAUUAAAUUCCUUUGGAAUAUACUUGGAUAAAGUCACUGUAGAGGAUUUAGAGGAAGUAGAAGAGAUCGAGUACGCUCCUCCUCCCGAGAAAGAGGAACCCAUAAAAACAGAAUUGGAUGGCGUUAUGGAUGAACUUUUGAAACCUUUGCAAUUUUCUGAUUCCACUUUCGACACGAGUUUGAAAUAUAACGAAACGACUGCUAGCAGGGCAAUGGAAGAAAUUUACGAAAUAGAUAAGAACUCCCUGCAAAAUUUUUAUGAAAACGAUUUUUUUAAAGAUUUAAGUUGGGGUGAAGCGGAACUCGACGCUGAAAUGCUCAUAAACCAGAGUCGAUUGCUAAAAUUUUAA